AUGUUUCUCUUCCUUGUUGCUUUUUUGCCAGUGGUUUUUAAAAUUGGUUUUGUCAGCCUCUCAGCUCUGCAGCACUGGAACUGUCCUAAUGGAUACAGAUUAAAGACUGAAAACUCUGCUUGUAUAGAUGUCGACGAGUGCCUUGAAGGCGGUUUGGGAACCUGUGGCCAAACCUGUAUCAAUGUUCCAGGGUCUUACAUCUGCUCCUGUUUGCCUGGCUACACUUUGGAUAUUGACAAACGGUCUUGCUAUGUGAAUGACCCUGCACCAUUCCUACUUUUUAGCCAUGGAAAUGCCAUCUUUAGAAUUGACACUGAAGGGACCAAUCACGAAAGGUUGGUGGCUGAUACUGGUCAGUCAACGCUUAUGGAUUUUCAUUACACAGAAGAGAAAGUGUAUUGGGUAGACUCUGAAAGGCGAUUACUUCAAAGAAUUCACCUCAAUGGCACAAAACGAGAGAGACUAUGUUACAUAGACAAAGGCAUUUCAGGAUUUGUUAUUGACUGGAUAAAUCAAGACAUUCUCUGGGCCAAUAGACAGAAAGCAACUAUAGAAGUGACAGACAUGAAUGGGAAGAAACGCCGAGUUCUUCUAAGAGAUGUUGGUCGUCCCACAAGGAUUACCAUUGAUGCUGAGCAAAGGCUAUUAUUUUGGUCUUCAGAUGGUACAGUUUCCAGCAUACACCGAGUGUCCCUCAGUGGAAGUGAUGUGAGAAAUGUUUUAAGAACCACAGAAAAAAUAAAGGCCAUCUCACUAGAUUUGGUUGACACAAGGCUCUACUGGAUCCAACAUGACCACGGGAAAGAGAUUUCCCAUAUUGGAUCAUGUGACUAUGACGGCGGAGCUGUUCGUUUGCUCAAAAAUUCUGUCCGACAUCAAUUGCUUGGUAUGUCUCUCUUUGCUGAGCAUCUGUACUACUCAGAGUUGAAAUCUGGUACGAUAUGGAGAGCUGACAAGUAUACUGGAAAAGUUGUAGUCACAAUUAGCCUGAAGCCAUCAUUUUUUCCACCAGUGGAGAUAAAAGUGGUGCAUCCCUUUAAACAGCCAGGUGCAAGAACAGAUUCUCAGGAUUUCGAAAAGGGAACCUGUGAUUUGAACAAAGAAAAGUGCAGAAGAAGAAUCUGCAGGCCAGACUCAAGGACUCAUCGGUGUAAAUGUUCUAAUGGCUUUAUUUUAAGUCGAAAUAAACAGUUUUGUGAAGAUAUCAAUGAAUGUGGCUUCUGGAAUCAUGGCUGUACUUUGGGCUGUGUGAACAUCCCUGGUUCCUAUUACUGCACCUGCCCGAGAGGUUUUGUUCUGCUGCCUGAUAGGAAAACAUGUCAUGAGCUAAUUUCCUGUACAAGUAAUGACACCGAAUGUAGUCAUGGUUGCCUUCAAACAUCUAAGGGGCCUGUUUGUUUUUGUCCUGAAGGAUCUGUACUCAAAGUGGAUGGCAAAGCAUGCACGGGUUGUACAUCUCCAGAUAAUGGUGGCUGUAGUCAGAUAUGUUCUUCUUUAAGCCCAUCCUCCUGGGAGUGUGCUUGUUUUCCUGGAUAUAAGCUUCAGCGAGACAGAAAGCACUGCACUGCUAUAGGUCCUAAGCCAUUUUUAUUAUUUGCAAAUGGCCAGGAUAUCCGCCAGAUCAGUUUUGAUGGAACAGAUUAUGCAAGUUUACUUGACUGGCAGAUGGGAAUAGUCUUAGCACUGGACUCUGACCCGGUGGAAAAUAAGAUUUACUUUGCCCACACCGCCUUGAAAUGGAUAGAACGAGCUAAUCUGGAUGGCUCAAAUCGUGAAAAAGUUAUUCAUGAAGCUAUAGAUAUACCCGAAGGCCUUGCUGUGGACUGGAUCAACCGUAAAUUGUAUUGGACAGACAGAGGGAAGGCGUGCAUCGAAAGGAGCAACCUGAAUGGAAUGCAAAGAAAAAUUAUCAUCUGGGAGGAUAUCUCCCAGCCCCGAGGGAUUGCCAUUCACCCAUUUGCUAAGAGAUUAUUCUGGACUGACAUGGGGGUCAAUCCCCGGAUUGACAGCUCUUCAUUAGAAGGCAUCGAUCGCCAGGUUAUAGCCAGCACUGGUCUGGUGUGGCCCAGUGGAAUAGCUCUCGACUACUUAGCUGACAAGGUGUACUGGUGUGAUGCUAAGCAGUCAGUGGUUGAGAGCGCAAACCUGGAUGGUUCUGGUCGUCGAAUUCUUGCACAGAAUGAUGUAGGCCACCCUUUUGAUGUAGUGGUGUUUGAGGAUCACCUUUGGUUUUCUGACUGGGCUAGGCCAUCACUAAUGAGGGUGGACAAGAAGACCGGCCAAAACAGGGUACGUCUUCGAGGCAGCAUGCUGAGACCCUCAUCAAUGGUUGUAGUUCAUCCUUUGGCGAAACCAGGGGCAAAUCCUUGCCUUUAUGAGAAUGGAGGUUGUGAUCAUAUCUGUGAAAACAAUUUUGGCGUUGCCCAUUGCAUGUGCCAUCCAGGAUUUGGGAAGACUCAAGAUGGAAAAACCUGUCGUGCUCUGGAUGCUUCUAACACAACAGCAGGAAGCGUGUCUGUGCACAAGGAGGCAGUGCCGAAGCCAACACCAGAGACCUUGCUCCGGAGCACACAAAGCAGUGGGAUAUUCAAGGAUACGGACAGUGGGGAAAAGCAGAAAAUCAGCAUUUUGUUGAAGGCUGAAAUCAUGGUGUCAGAUCAAGAUGACUGCACUGCACUAGAAUGUGAUGUCAAUGCACAGUGUGUUUUGCUGGAAGAUGGUGCUAUGUGCCAGUGUUUGAAAGGAUUUACCAGGAAGGGGAAAUCAUGCUAUGAUGUUGAUGAGUGUGCUGUAAAUAUGGACCGAUGUAAUCGAAACGUGUCGGCCUGUAUCAAUACGGAAGGGGGCUACGUCUGUAAAUGCCUGGAGGGCUACACUGGAGAUGGAGUCCAUUGCUACGAUAUUGAUGAGUGCAAGACGGGGUCCCACACCUGUGGAGAGAACAUAACCUGCACAAAUACAGAAGGAAACUUCACUUGCUCUUGUGCUGAUGAUGCUUCUGGAACUGGCUUUGGUUGCAAACCUACUGUGUCCCCCAGUGUUGUCAGCAAUGAAUACUCUACACACCCCGUGCAAGAUGAUUCUGCAGGAUGCCCUCCUUCGUAUGAGUCAUACUGCCUCCAUGGUGGAGUGUGCAAUUAUGUUUCUGAUCUACAAGACUAUGCCUGCAACUGUGUGACGGGCUAUGUGGGGGAGCGGUGCCAGUUCAGCGAUCUGGAGUGGUGGGAGCAGCAGCACGCAGAGCGGGUGAAGAUGCGGAACAUCACCAUUGCAGUGUGCGUAGCAGUGCUGGUCCUCCUGCUCCUGCUGGGGUCCCUGGCCGCCUACUGCCACAGAAGUCAAAACUCGUAUAAGAAGAAUUUCUAUGCAGAAGCGAUAAGAGAUGCCAGCAGCCGCGCUGACAAUGAGAACGUGACACCUACUAGCAACAAGUCCCGGUUUGCGGUUGUUAAGGAGUGUAACAGUUCUCUGGAGACUAAAGCGGUUGAUCUAAUUGAGUGUGAGACAACAGAUCCUUAUCCUGCCUGUCCUUCAGAAUAUGUGGAAGAACAGCCUAUAACAUACGACAAAGCAGCACAGACUUUGGCAGAAGAGGAGAAAGAACAAGGCUGUCGACAAGAGGUUCCUGUUGGUGAGAAAUCGCGCCAGCCCAUGGGAGCAGCGAAGGGCCCUCCCUGGAGCACCCACCCCAAGCCCCUGCUGGAAAGGGAGCCCUGCGAGCCUGCCCCAGCCAGCCUGCUGAUGCGGCCAGACUAG